AUGCGUGUAGAGAACAUACUGUGAUAAAGCCGGGUUCGACGGGUUGAUCGACGAUUGAUGGUAAUCGCUCUUGUCAAAUACUUGCCAGAAUCGACAUGGUGUUUUCGAAUCUCCCUCACCACGAGAAGGAUGCGUUCUUUUCACUGCUGGAUGAGUACUUUCAGUCUCGACCGCAGCUUGCCUCUGCGUUGUCUGGCAACGGUGCAUCGGAGGACAGUACAAGCACCUCGAUAGGACGAGUAGCAGCUGCAGCACAUGCCUUUGGGUCGAAUCUGCCUGCUCCGCCGCACCGGUCGCCUGCAAGUCCUCCGCCAGACCGGGCGCUUGCAGGCCUCGUGUCGAGCAAGACGUUUGGAAAUGUCGAUACCACGUCCAAGGUAUCCAUGCUUUCCUCGUCGCUCAAGUCCAAAUCGCUCGCGCCGCCUCCCAAGACCUAUGCUUCCCCUCCCCCGCCCGCCUUUGCACCCAAGAAGAACGCCUUUGCACCGCCACCUGUGCGACAUGCACCACCGCCAGAGCCAGAGCCGGAACCGGAACCAGAACCAGAGACACCAUCAGGCGAAUGGGCAGAGGCAUUGUAUGACUAUGAUUCUGCGGAAACGGGAGACUUGAAGAUACGUGCCAGCCAGCGGAUCCUGGUUACCGAGAAGAGCUCUGCGGACUGGUGGAUGGGGGAAGUAGAUGGAAGGACGGGGUUGUUCCCUGCCUCGUACGUCAAGCUUUUGUAGGACUAUUGAUAGACAAUGGAUACAACGUGGGUUUGAGAGCCUGCCCAAGAUUUUCGCGUGCCGGCCACCUCCUUAUUAUGUAUGUUCCAAUGCUAUAACACCUGACAAUCUACAUGCACUAUCAUUGAUUAAUUCAAUUUCGUUCGAGACAGGUUAACACGUCCUGUUGUCCCCCUUUAUUACCUCUCCGCGUAUUCUUUCAGUGUGCGUUCUUUCAGCGGCGGCGGUGGCGACGAGUAGGACGCCUUGUGUUUGUUCUUCCCUGAGGUUGUUCGGUUUGACGUCCAGACGCGUUUUUCAAUAUGAGUCGUAGAAUGGAUUGACGUGCAAUUGUUUCAGUGAAUCCCGCAGACAGUCUAGGCCAGGAGCGCGAGUGUGCAAG